AUGGCAGACAACGCGGAGCCUCCAUCACAGGAGGUUGCCAAUCUUCAUCUGGAUGAAGUGACUGGUGAGCGCGUGUCCAAGUCUGAACUCAAAAAGCGACAGAAGCAGAGGGAGACUGAACGCAAGAAGGCCGAAAAGGCCGCUGCUGCACCUCCAAAGGCAGUAAGGGAGAAGAAAGAAGGAGAGAUAGACGAGAGUACUCUAAACCCAAAUCAAUAUUUCGAGAUCCGAAGUGGUCGCGUCAACAAACUCAGACAGACCAAGGAUCCAAAUCCCUACCCACAUAAGUUCCAAGUUAAUACCGACCUUCGCGAAUUCGUCACACGAUAUGAAGCUACAAAGCCUGGCGAGCACCACAAGGAUGUCGAGAUCAGAGUUGCAGGCCGUGUCUAUGUCAAGAGAGUUUCGGGCUCAAAGCUGGUAUUCUACGAUAUCAGAUCAAAUGGCGCCAAAGUGCAAAUAAUGUGCCAGUCACAAGAAGCUACUGGAGAGGUUCCCUUUGAAGCACAACACGAGCCUUUGAGAAGAGGAGACAUCAUCGGUGUCAUUGGCUAUCCUGGACGAACAGCACCCAAGAACAGACCGAACGAGGGUGAACUUUCCGUCUUCGCUCACCAAGUCGUGCUACUUACCCCUUGUUUACACUCGAUACCAUCAGAGCACUUUGGUCUGCAGGAUGUCGAAACCCGCUUCCGACAGAGAUACCUCGAUUUAAUCAUAAACAACAAGAGCAGGGACAUCCUCAUAACAAGAUCCAAGAUUGUGCAAUACAUCAGAAACUACUUCGACUCCAACGGCUUCAUCGAGGUCGAGACACCCAUGAUGAACACUAUCGCAGGUGGUGCCACUGCUAAGCCUUUUACCACCCACAUCAAUGAGUACAAUGCCGACCUGUUCAUGCGAGUUGCUCCUGAGCUGUAUCUGAAGAUGCUAGUAGUGGGUGGUAUUGACAGAGUGUAUGAGCUCGGCAAGCAGUUCCGAAAUGAGGGUGCUGACCUUACACACAAUCCGGAGUUUACCACUUGCGAAUUCUACGAAGCCUAUGCUGACGUAUACGAUGUCAUGAACCGAACUGAAGAGCUAGUCUCGGGCAUGGCCAAGCAUGUCACUGGCGGCUAUAUCACCAAAUUCCACACAAAGGACGGAGAGGAGUAUGAAGUCAAUUGGGAAGCACCAUGGAAGAGAAUAGACAUGAUACCUGCGUUAGAAGAGGCCACCGGAGAGAAGUUCCCACCUGGCGAUCAGUUACAUACUACCGAGACAAAUGAGUUCUUCAAAAAGCUACUCAAAAAGGUCAACGUGGAAUGUCCACCACCUUUGACUAAUGCUCGCAUGCUCGAUAGGCUCGUGGGAGAGUUCAUUGAAGAGAAGUGCGUCAACCCAACCUUCAUCACUGGUCAUCCACAAAUGAUGUCUCCACUUGCCAAGUAUCAUCGAGAGAGACCUGGUAUUUGCGAGCGGUUCGAGGCUUUUGUCUGCAAGAAGGAAAUAGUGAACGCCUACACCGAGUUGAAUGAUCCUUUCGAUCAACGACUGCGAUUCGAGGAGCAAGCUCGACAGAAGGAUCAAGGUGAUGAUGAGGCCCAACUGAUUGACGAGAACUUUUGCACGUCACUUGAGUUUGGUCUACCGCCUACUGGUGGUUGGGGUAUGGGUGUUGACCGGAUGUGCAUGUUCUUGACCGACAACUAUACCAUCAGAGAAGUUUUGGCAUUCCCAUUCAUGAAAGAGGAAAAGCUUGCACCUAGAGAACUGGCUGCUGAGGUGGUAGGUAUACAGCCUCAGGAAGCUGAGGAUCUGCCUAAGCCAUAG